GUUUACAUAGCAGGUUAGCGCAGCCUUGAGUGCUCAUUGCAGCUGCUAGGGCUGUUGUUCCGGGAGUGGCAGGUAUUUAGGAUUCGACUGGAAGCAUGGAGGUUAUCACCGCUGUCAAAGCAGUCAAAGCUGCUGCUGCCUCUCGCGGCGUGAAGGGCGUGGAGUUAGGGCAGCUCAUGGCCUGCCUGGCCUCGAUACCUGCUGAGGAGUACCGCGCCUUCAUUCUUCCAAUAGCCGAUGACCCCGAGGCGGUCUUUGCGUACGUGCAACUCCGUUACAAGGCUCAAGGUGUGGGGUUUGGCUCUCACAACAGGGCGAGCAUAUCGACGGCGCCGGCUGUCGGAGCUCGCGCGCCCACUGCGCAGCAGCCGUACGCCGACAUGGCGAUGCUGAAGGACGCGCUGGCGGAGCAGAUGCGGCCGCUGAUGUCCAAAUUGCAGGAGGUGCUGGCUGACAACGCGGCGCGGCAUCACCACCCCAACUGGGCCGACGUUCGACGGGAGUGGGCUAUGAGCACGGCGGCAGUGCCCAAGCAGAAGAAGGUGUUGUGACUGAGUAUGAUUUUAGUGCUCGCAGCAGCGUGUGGCUGCGCGCCUGGAACUUCGGAGCGGCCAUCGGAGCGGCACGCACCUGUGGCGCUGGCCGUCAUACUGCUGCUCGGCCGACGGUGCUGCCGCGCUACAGUCAUGCAUAUGGCGGCUAUGCAAAUGCUGGCAGCGGCGUGGGUAGCCUGUUGCUUGGCGCGGUGGGCUGCUGGUGCUUCAAUGGCUUCAUUGCGGAUGUGGCACAUGGCGGUUAUCAGGGCUGUGCGGCUUGCAGUGCGGGCGCCGCUGUGGCUCUUGGUGUGGGUCCCGCUUUCCAUCUGUACUGCUAUAGUGUUCCCCCGGCUCGAUGAGAACUGGCCGUUGGUAUUGUCUCUGUGCGAGUUUGUUGUGCAUGUGUUGCAGGCGGUCAGGGGUGGUGCGCUGCCGCCAGCAGACGUGAGCUCUGAUUUGCUAUGCCUGGUGAGCGACGUCAGGUCCCCAAGAAAAUGGCAUUGGGAAGGACUGCUGCCCCUCCACUGUGUAUUACCAAAUUUUAUGCGCAACUCCGCAUCAACCCAGCACAGCAGACCGCAUCCUGCACGUGGAGCGCUUUGCUAGUGCUUCCGCAGCAUGUGCCCCUCGUCUGCUCGUCUGCUCACUUUCCAUUUAACAUUUCAUUAAGCGGUUUGAAACUGUCUGCAAUAAUAACGACGGUGGCGUUGAGGCCCAGCAGGCGCUGACGGAGGAACUGGCUGUUGAGCCAUCAGCGUGAUUGUGUGAUGUCGCGUCGCAUGGGAUGGGGGAAGCACGACUUCCUGAUCUUACCUCUGAUUUUCUGAAGAGCUGUACAGUAGGGCUGGAGCAACAAGCCCUUGCCCCGGCUGGCAUUGUAUCGUAUGCAGAGUAGUAGGUAUUGCAGCGUACUGCUGCUGCUGCAGCUGGAGGAAAGUUUGCGGCAAAUCUUCCCCGCCGUCAGCACUGCUGCACGGCGACAAUUUUGUGUCUCAACAGGUAUCGCGGCCGACCAAUGGACAUAGGCGAUGCAUUCAUGUGUGUGUGUUCGUGUGGGUGUGUGUGGGUGUGUGCGUGUGAGCGUACGUAUGUGUGUGUGUAUGGAUGGAUGUGGUGUUGAGUUGGUGCGCACGAUUCAGUGUGCAAUCCCAUCCUUGAAAGUACCAACCGUCUGAUGUUGCGCCAGGACGGGUGACCGGACACGGCGCAGGUUAGUGCCCGUAGCGAGGUGCAGCAUUGGCUGCCGUGCAGGUGGCGACCAGGUUAAUUCCAACUCCCGGCAGAACUGGCAAUGUGUCAUACGGCACAUGCUUUUGUAUGGCGGGGCUGAACUGAACGUCUGCAUGAGCAGGUGUUGACUGCGUGGCGAAAUGGCAGUCAUGGCACUAUGACUGCAUGCCGCGUGUCAGGUUAUGUGCGUCACGGGAGGCGCUUGCACUGCAACAGCUGGCUCAGCAGCCGGAGGUAAUGGAAGCA